AUGACUGAACUCGUCGGCAAUUGGCUCCACUUUACCACUCAGCAGCCGAAACGUAAACGUGCUGAAGCCGUUUGUCUGUUUUGCCAUUCGAAGAAGAUCAAAUGCGAUCUGCAAAGCCGAAGCUCACAGGGCCAUGCGAGAUGCUCUAACUGCGAUAACCAAGAUCAGGAAUGUCAUCUUCGGCCGUCCAGAAGAGGCAAGCAGCGUCGCCAAGCGUCUACGCAAGCAGAGUACGAUGCUGUGACUGAUACAGCUAAUCCAGGUGUGGAUGAUGGGGAUAAUGGUAGACAAGAGCUGGACAGUACCGAUAUCGACUUUCAAGAUGACCUAGAAUACCAUGGCAAUAUUGAAUCACCAGCCCCUCCACCAGCUUCGACACCGCACGUGGUAUUUGCUGCUCCCCCGACCGAGCAUCGUCCUGACAUUUCUGUCAUCCAUCAAACCCAAUCGAGCACAUCACCAACGGAAGGUGCCGGUCGCAGUCAUGCAGGAGAUGUUGACACAGGAUUCCUCCAGAUAUACGGGCCAGAGAAUCAACUCGAAGCGGAACAACAAGAGCUCGUAGCAAAUCUCGAGCUUCGGAACCCAGCAUCAAAUCCUCGACAACAAGAACUUCAACAGAGCUUUUCCGAGACAUACUUCGAGUACUGCUAUCCUUGGUGUCCUGUUCUUGACCGCCAGACUCUCACAUCCGAACUGGAGAGAUCACCCAUGCUUGCCAAUGCUCUUGCGCUUGCAGCGAGCCAUAUACAACCGCCGUUAAUACCGCACGAGGGACCAGCUGCCUACUACCAGAAAGCAAGGAUGAUGUUCUAUGAAGAUGAGGAGCCGGAUAUUCUUAUAGCGUUGAAGGCUAUUUCGAUGUUUUACUGGUGGGCACCGCGAUCACCAGCUACAGCUCAUCGGCAUGCUUCUUGGUGGUGGACUUCUGUGAUAAUCAGACAUGCGCAGCAGAUGAAUAUUCAUCGUGAGCCGAAAGAAGAUACCGUCGCAUCAAAUGAGAUUCAUCUCAGCCUGCGAAGGAGAUUGUGGUGGACUGUUUUCGCGCGCGAGAGGCUCACGUCCCUUUGCCAAAGCAAGCCUUGUAUUAUUUGUCCAGAGGACAUGACCAUUAAGGAAGUUCAACCGUCCGACUUUCCGAGCGAUCCGGUAUCUCAAAAGAAAGGCCGAAUAUUCAUGUACUGGGUUCGUUUAUGUGGCAUUCUAGGCAAAGUUUCCAAAGCGCUGUCCAGGUCUGUUGACUCGACCUGUUCUCCAUUCCCCAAAGAACUCCGACAGGAGCUCGUUGACUGGGUUCAAUCAUUGCCACCGGACCUUCAGCUUCCCAUUGGUUCAAAUCGUACAGAGUCUUUUGACCGCGACGUCCAUCAGUUGCAUCUUCCUUACCUCACGGCAAUAAUCAUCAUGCAUCUCCAAAGAACAACCCCAGAUCUACCUCAAGCUCUACCACCAGCAAUAUUGGCAGCGUCAUGCAUCGCUAGAGUUCUCAGAGAUAUUCUAUCUCGCGGAAAUGCGCGUUUUCUCAUGGCAAUUACCUGCUGGUACUGUGGAACGGCAUUUAUUGCACUUCUACAAGCAAGUCGGAUUAAGCAAUUCUCGCAGGAAGCAGAAGAGGGUCUGGACAUCUUGGAUCAAGCCGUUGGCCAGCUUCAGCAUAUGUGGGCUUCUGCGAAUGUCAUAAGACAAGGCUUUGAACGACUCCGCGCAAUGCCUCGAACUAUGAUGCAUGCUGGCAAACCCAAGCCUACUUCCAACCGUGGUAAUGGGGAGGACGCAGGCUCAUCAUCUCGCGAUUUCGACUGGGUGCUUCUGUUUCCAUUUGUGACGAGGUCGACGAGCAGGAUCGCGGAUUGCCUCCUUGCUGAUAAUGAGUUUGGUACCACAACAACAGCUUUACCAUCGCCUGAGAAUGCCGUGUUCCAUGAAGACUUAUUCAAUCGCUAUCACGAUUUACUGGAACCUUUUGUUGACUACAACUUUGACUUUGGAACCAUUGACUUGAAUAUUCUUUAA